AUGGCUACCAACAACUCAGGUGCUGCUCCUACCAAUGAUGCAAACCCACCAUCAUCUUCAACCAACGUUUCUGCCACACCCACAACCAACAAUUCUCUCACACCCACCCAUGCUGCUCCACCUGCAGUUUCCACUAUUGUUACCAUUAAACUCGACAGAACCAACUAUCCACUUUGGUUGGCUCAAAUAUCUCCCAUUCUUCACAGCCAUGACCUUUUUGGCUAUGUUGAUGGCUCGGUGCCAUGUCCACCCAAGCAUUCCCCAACCACAAAUACUUCUCAACUGAACUCUGCUUAUCUCAAUUGGGUGCAACAAGAUCAGACCAUUCUCAGUUGGAUCAACAACUCAUUGAGUCUGGCAGUAUUGGCUACUGUCGCUCUUUCCCCCACUUCUUGCCAGACUUGGCAUUCGUUGGAGCGUCGCUAUGCGUCCACCUCACAAAAUCGGAUUUUACCCUUGCGAAAUGAGUUACUGCGUACUACUAAGGGAGAUAUGUCCAUUUCUGAUGUUUUGGACAAAAUCAAUUCGAUUUCUGAUAAUUUGGCUCUUGCAGGAAGUCGUCUCACAGAUGGUGAUCUGGUCUCCAUCAUUAUGAAUAAUGUUGGGGCUGCAUUUGAAGUCACAGUCAGUGCUGCCCAAACCCGUUCUACUCCAAUCACUUAUGAAGCCUUGGAGGCUCUUUUACUGAGUGCUGAACGACGUUUGGGGGAGCAGUCACAGCCUGUUCCUAAUCUGAACACAAGAGUUACUGCCUUUGCUGCUUCACGUGGCCGUGGCAAUCGAUCCAACUUUCCCAAUCAAUGA